CUUUCCCGUAGUUGUUUACGAACGAUACCGACGUGCGUGAUUGCGCUGAGAUCACCUUUAAGAAAUGAAUGUGUCAAUUCUUCAGUUUCUUUUGUAAAAUUCGAGAAAGCGGUUCGAGAUGAACAAGGUCUUGCCUUUGUUGUUGGUGGCGUGCGUGACGUACGCGCACCCCACGAUGUACAAGUUGAAUGAAAACGACAAACUGGAACCGGAUUUGGUUCCGGUUUCGUCCACCGUCAUUCCGCUUCCGAUUUACCAAGUGAGUUACGGAGUUAAGGUGGCUCAUGGUGAGAGCGAGAAAAAGUCGCCCGUCGAGAAACCGGAGGGGCCGAUUACGCUGAUUACAGCCCACUCGAAAAAGAAGGUACUCGCGAGCGAAAAGCAGAAAAAUAAUGAAAAGUCUACAGUGAGGGAAAUUAAAAAUUAACAUUAGACAUCGUUAACGGAAGGCAAAAGAAAACGUUUCGUUCAUCUUAAGAAGGGGGAGGAGGAAGGUGUUCCGGUCUUCAACACCAACACUAAUCAGCAUCCCAUUAACCAAAGACAUGUUAACGCGCGUACAAAACAAUUUUUAAUUUGUUUACUAAUUAUAUGGAUUUUGUUAAUAAAUUAUUUACAAACA